GAGAGAGAUGGUAGAGGAGCGCGGAAAAGAAGAAUUAAUGAGUAGAAAAGGUGCUGAGACGAGAAAACGGGACGGAUUUCCAGAUACAAUUUGAAACAGUUUGUUUAGGCCGGAAACAAACUUCCCGGGAAGUUUAACCACCUGAGAACGGAGAGAGAGAGUGAGAGAGAGAGAGAGAGAGAGAGAGAGAGAGAGACUCGGUGCAUAAUAAAUCCGUAUCAUCCUCCAACCAGCAGCGGCACAGACUGACACUCGGCUCUGUCUCCAUCCACUAGAAAAACUUCUGCAAACUUUGAAACUUUCAGUUGUUAGAUUUUCCGUACGAUUGUAAGAUUUCUCAUUUACGAUGGCCGAUAACAAAUGAUGAAGUGGAAGAAUUAAUAUUGUCUUAAAGUGGCGAUUUUGCAGCGUGUGUGGACAUGUUUUCUCUGUCAGCUCUUCUCGGCCUCCAACUGCGCUCGGAUGUCUCUUCCCUCUGACAAACCAAAGUAGAAACAAACAAACAAACAAACAACAAAUCAAUUUACGCCUUUACAAAACUGUGAUCAAGUCUAAAUCAUAAGACAUGACUUCGUCCACUCCACCCUCCUCUCGUAGUCCUUCCCCUCAGAAAGUCUGUCAUUCCCAGACUCAGACAGAUGUUCUGAAGCCGCUGCUGGGUGGAGGUGGUGGAGGUGUUUCAGGAGGUGGAGCUGCAGCAUUGAGGAGGCGUCGACGUGUCUUGUCUAAGGAUGGCCGAAGCAAUGUGCGCAUUGAGCAUGUCAGUGGCCGUGGCGCUCUCUACCUGCGUGACCUCUGGACGACCUUCCUGGAUAUGCAGUGGCGUUACAAGCUUUUUCUAUUCUCGGCCACGUUCGCAGGAACUUGGUUUGCUUUUGGAGUUCUGUGGUACCUUGUGGCACUGGUGCACGGAGACCUCCUGGAGUUUGACCCACCAUCCAACCACACCCCCUGUGUGAUGCAGGUCCAGACGCUGACAGCUGCUUUCCUUUUCUCGCUGGAAUCACAGACUACAAUUGGCUACGGUUUCCGGUGCAUCACAGAGGAAUGUCCAGUCGCCAUAAUCCUUCUCAUAGUGCAGCUAGUUAUUACAAUGGUGAUGGAGAUCUUCAUCACAGGAACCUUUCUUGCGAAGGUGGCUAGGCCGAAAAAGCGUGGUGAAACAGUGAAAUUUAGUCAGCAUGCAGUCGUGGCCAAUCAUGAGGGCCAACCUUGCCUUAUGAUCCGUGUAGCCAACAUGAGAAAGAGCCUGCUGCUUGGAUGUCAGGUAACUGGUAAGCUGCUGCAGACGUCUUUGACUAAAGAGGGUGAAACCGUUCGGCUGGACCAGAGGAAUGUGGCUUUCCAAGUGGACACCUCCAGUGACAGCCCUUUCCUCAUUCUUCCUCUCACCUUCUACCAUGUCAUUGAUGACAGCAGCCCACUCCGUCCUUGGGCUGCCAAAGGUGGAGGCUGGACAGACCCAGAAAUGGCAGACUUUGAACUUCUGGUAAUAAUGAGCGCCACAGUGGAGCCCACAUCAGCCACUUGCCAGGUGCGAACCUCCUAUUUACCAGACGAAAUCCUGUGGGGCUAUGAGUUUCCCCCUGUCGUCUCGCUCUCUCCAUCAGGGAAAUACGUGGCUGACUUCGCCUUCUUCGACAAGGUGGCUAAGACCAAGACCCCGCCAUGCUUUAAGCAGACCUCUCCUUCUAACUUAGCCUCAGACAGUGGCCAAAAUGGAGGAGGAGGAAAGGAUCAGGAGAAGAUGAGGCUGGAGGAGAACUUCAAGGAGGAAAGGGGACGUGAUAGAGGGAGGAUCCGGGAUAGCAGCCCACUUAGCGUUCGCAUUAGCAAUGUUUAGUGAGAGAGAGAGAGAGAGAGAGAAAGAGAGACAGACAGAGAGAGAGAGAGAGAGAGAGAGAGAAAGAGAGACAGACAGAGAGAGAGAGACAGCAAGAGAGACAGACAGACAGAGAGAGAGAGAGAGACAGCAAGAGAGAAAGAAGGAAUCUGACUAACCAUAAGCUACUAUAAGCAGAGGAAUCUAAGAAGUUCACAAUAAAUCCUUUUUCAGAAGACACAUUUUUUCAUAUACACUGGGACUGCCAAGUGUGAACACUGGUAUCAUCAUCUUCUGGCUAAAAUUAAAUAAUCUCACUUGAACACUCGCCUUGUUGCAAGAAUGUUUGAUUUUCUUUAUUGUACUUUCAUUUUUACGACUUGGACAAUGACAGGAUUAUGAAAAGAUCAAAAGGCCAAAAUAUGCAAAGACUGAUUUAAAACCAUCAUUAGUUACUGAAGGAUCAGGGGAACUAUGUCCUGGGACUUGUAUUUGUAUUUCUUUUUGAUGGACUGGACUGGAAUGAUGCUAUUAUGUUACAUGUGUAUAUAUUUGUACCUAACAGUGCCAGUUUGAGUACUCAGUCUUUGAGUAUAGAUCUAGUUUUUUAUGUGGAAAAAUUUUUAGUCCCUGAAGCAAACAUGUUGAUGCAGUAUGUUAACAAUACUAAAAGCACUUUAACUCUGUGAGAGGUUUUCUCUAGUUUUCGUUUUGAAAGCACAACUAACAAGUGUAUACAGGAUGGUGUUUAUCUCUCCUGUCAUUUCAAGCAUGUGUGGGUGUUUCUGUGAAUCUGUAGCAGUCUGCUUGGCUUGUUGCAAGGUGUGAUGUGAAAAUAUUUUUAGAAAUGUAUAAAAUGUAUGGACCUUCAUAGAGAUUUUUAUUAUUAUUAUUAUUAUUAUUAUUAUUAUUAUUAUUAUUGAAACAUGGAUGAGAUUCCUUUGGUACUAAAAACAAAUGAAUUAUCUGUCCUACUUGUGGGAAGAAAAUAUUUGUGUUCUAAUGUAUGUGAUAAAGCUCGGUUUUAAAAACCGAGACAUUAUCACUUCUAAUGUCUAAUGCCUUUAAAUGACCAUUUUUAAUAAAUAAUGUGUUCAGAAGCAGUCACGGGCUCUGCCUGCUAUGUACUGUAUGUCUAAAAACUUGAAUUGUAAAAAAAAAAAAAAAACAUUAAAUGCUUUCUUAGGCAGCCAAAAUUUGAUAAUAAU